CAUCUACGGGGUGCCCAGAAAUAUCGAGCACCCCUAAGAAAGUUUUUCAUUAAAAAUAUAGGUUGGCAACGUGAAAUGGAUGCAUAUGGUUGGUGGAAUGUUAUCUUUCAAGUCCAACAACCAAUCAUGUGCUAUCAUUAUUAUCAUUCACUGUGACCAACCAAAGUAUUUUAGUAGAAAACUUUCUUAGGGGUGCUCAAUAUUUCUGGGCACCCUGUACCUAGUACCUACCAAGCUUCGAGUAGUUUCGAGUUCGACCGAUAGGUACAUAUUCAAAACAGAGGGUAAUGGCAAAAUAAUUUUUCUUCUACAUAUUUUCUCACAUUCUGUCUGAAAUGAAUGCAGUUCAUGUUUUUGUGAUCAAUUGUGGAUUUAAAUCAGUUAUAAGAUGAAUGCUGGGAGCUCUUCGUCGAAAUCACUAGUUCCACCGCAAAAGGCGAUUAAUGCGCUUAGUUGCGAUUCGCCUACUGAAAAACAAUUGAUCAAUGGUCUGACUGAUCUCUUUGUGUAUAUUGGAAAGUGCGAAACUCAUUACAGGGAUAAAUUACAGUUAAGGAAAGAUCUUGAGGAGAAAUCCGCCGAAGUCAUAAAGUUGAAAAUUUUAAACGCUCAGUUGCAAACGAAGGUGUUGGGCUAUGAACUAUAUUUAGGAGUACCCGUUGGAAUAGAGUCCCAAGAGGUUGAUUGUUUUCUAAAUUGGUUGAAAAAUACAGAAAACUUAUCACGAUGCCAGCGAUGGCUGGUAGCGGUCAGCUUUAAAUUGACAGCCAAAGCCGCAGUUAUUAGGGAAUAUUUAGACACAAAAUCUGUUGCUCCGACAACUUUUACUCAAGAAUUGGACCACCUAUAUUCAGGUUUCAGUCGCGUUAUUCACUUGAAGCGUCCGUACCCACCGGCUGAAUCAGAUGAGGAGAGUUGGAAAGAAAUUUUUGACAACUUACAGAUGUAUAGCAUUACCACGCAAGAUACCUUCAAAGCAAUAGUUUUACAUUUUGAUGUACCUAAUGCAUGUGCUGUGAAUUUUCCUGACAUUAUCAAGAACGAUGAAGACGCCAAAGCAAAUGGCGGAUAUUUACUCAUAAAAAACCUCAACAGGAACGUAGAUCUGAAUAGCGUCGUCGAGUAUUUUGAAAACAAUAAGGUUAUCGUUUACGAUUCAUUAAAUUUAUUAGAUUCUAAAACCCAAAAGAACGACGGAACGUUCCUGCUCAGAGUUGGAGAUUUGAAAGUUGCGAGGCAAUUAGCACAUAAACUACCGGAGGAUAUGAAGGAUGCACAUUUCUUAAUAGUUACUGAAGCGCAUGGCUUCAACGAGAUAUAGAAGUAAUUGCUACUAAAUUUCAAUCUCAUACGUAUUUAACUGCCUUAUUACCUCGAGAUCGAGUUUACGAUGAAGAAGAAGAUUUAAUCCUUCAUCCUGCAGCCAAAAAAACGAAAAACGAUAAAGAAUUACUCGAUAUGGAAGACGACGAUGAAGACAAUAAUUCCAAAUCAGAGAUUGAAACAAUCGAUAAUCCGUAUUGCGAUCAGUAAAAAUGUGCCCUAGAUGGAAUAAUCAAGGGAAGAAAUGAAUUUUGUUUUAAAAUGUAAAUAUUUUACAUCUGUGUUCAUAUAGGUAUCUAGGUGUUUUUCCACUUCCGGGGAAGUUUUGUUUAAUUUUUGUUCUUUAAUUCGAAUUAAAUACUUUUAUAGUGAAAGAAAA